CCAAGAGACUCUUCCGACUCUUGGGCUUCCUUUUCUUCCCUUAUCUGAGGGCUUCUCAUAGUCAUUCUCUUUGCAAAAAAACAUUUCUCUGAGAGUAGGUUUUUCUCUGCAUCCCUAUCAUCUUGGUGGGGCUUCUCCGCGAAGGGUAAUUGUUUUCUCGAAUGAACCUUGUCAUGGCUAGAAGUGGUGGUUCUCGGACUCGAAUGAAGAAACCUUGUGAUUGCUGCAAAAGGUACUUGGACCAUUUGGAACAAAAGAAUCAAAGUUUAAGCUGCUUCCUAGGGCAUAUGACUGCCAAUUUUAAACAUAGCAUGGUAGUGCCAAACAGAUUUGCGAAGCAGUUUGGAGGAAGGUUGUCAGGAACCAUCAAAUUAGAAUCCCCUAAUGGCAAUCUGUACGACGUUGAAGUUUCAGAGCACUUAAAUAAGUUGAUGCUCGGACAUGGAUGGGAGGCAUUUGUUGAUGCAAAUCACAUAGAAGAGAAUGACUUCUUGAUCUUUCGUCACAUUGAGAAAUCUCAUUUUGAGGUUAUGAUCUUCGAUACUGAUGGCUGUGAGAAAGUCUUUUCUUGUGCUGGCCUAAGGAACACCCCAUGUGUUCAAGAACGAAGUGUAGAUUCUGUUGGUAUUUCAAGCAGCUCUUGUCAUGAUACCACAGAAUCAUCUGGAAGUGAAAGGUUCGCAAGGUCUGAGAAGAGUGGAUCCAGUAACCAUGGAAAGACCGAAAAUAUGGCUACAACAUCCUCAUCAUCUGAGGAGUCAGGAGAACAUGUUUCAUGGAAGAGUGACAUGGAAGAAACUUCUGAUGGAUCUCCAAACAGCAAGGAUUCUGGAGGUCCUGCUGAGCCUUCCUACAUUUUACCAGGCAUGAGCGGUCUAUCUCGAUCCCAAAAGAAGAUUAUUGAGGCGAAAGUGAGAGCCAUCAAAUCUGAAGUUCCCAUUUACAUAGCAAUAAUGAGGAAGACCAAUGCUGCUGUCUCUAAGCUUGAAUUCGGCACAAAAUAUGCUGCUGCUCAUCUUCCAGCUAGCGAGCAGACCAUGGUGCUCCAGUGCAAGAGGAAGAUCUGGGAGGCCAGGAUGAAGGUUACUAGUGGCCACAGGAGGUUUCUGGGGAGAGGCUGGACGACAUUUGUUCGUGACAAUGGUCUGCGAGUCGGUGACCUCUGUCUGUUUGAACUGAAGAAUGAGAGGAAGCUUAUCAUGGAGGUCCAUAUCAUCUCCAGGGAGCAGUUUUAGCUUGAGAAAGAAGGAGAUUUGUGUCCUGUGAUCCUGUCUGCUAGUACCUCCUGGGUUAUUUUGCUUGUUUUUUUUUUUUGUUAUCUUGAACUUAAAACCAUGGUGUGGUUAAUCUCCGAACGUGCUGGCCAAUUCUCUGAUGGCCACCCUGGGAGGUCCUAAUAACUAUGAACAGUUUCUCGUGUUGACAGACCCUUUUAGCAAGCCCGAUAUAUAUAGGACUUAUUAUGGUAAUUGGUAAACCAAUGACACCGGUCUUUUAUAUGA